UAAGAGAAACAUUACACCACAUUUUGCUUACGGUUAUUGAUUGUGUGGUUCAAAUUUCAUAAAAAUAAUGGGUACCUUGCAAGUCUUUCCAAAAUCACCUUUAGAGAAUUACCGGAAGAGGGCAUCCUUCGACUGGAAGAAACUGAAAACGAUUUUGUAUUCCGCCGAGUCGAUUAACUUUCAGAUUAAAUACUACGAUGAACUUAGAAAACAUCCCACGUUACUUAAGAAUUCCCCGUUAACGCCUUCUCUAGAAAAUCAAAAGAGGAUUUCUACAAACGAAAUGUUCGACUUGAUUGACAUAAGGGAACAUUGGAAUUGUGAAAAUGCGCCACUACAAACAGACAUUAAAAUAGUUGCCAAUAAUGCCGCCAGUUUAAAGUCCGGUUUCGAUUUUAAUCUAUUUUCGGCAGCUAUAUCCAGAAUGGGUACGGAGCGCCAUCAAAAAUUUGCGGAAAGGAAUUCAAGGGGUGAGAUCAUAGGGUCACUUGCUCUAACUGAAAUUGGGCAUGGAUCUAACGCUAAUUACAUUCAAACCAGAGCGGUAUACGACAAACGGGCAAGAGAGUUCGUUUUAACUACACCAAACUUUUUAGCCGCGAAGUGUUGGAUGGCAAAUGUGGGUCAUGUAGCUACACAUAUCCUUUUAUAUGCUCAGCUCGUAACUCCCGACCAAGUAAACCAUGGGCUGCACACGUUUGUAGUUCCAAUCAGAAGCCCGCGCACACUGCUACCGUAUCCAGGUGUAAGCAUAACAGAUUUGGGCGAAAAAAUAGGUUUGAAAGCUUUAGACAAUGGGUUUAUCAUAUUUAACGACUACCGCAUACCUAAAGACAACCUUCUUAACAAACUAGCCGAUGUUAGCGAUGAUGGCAUGUAUAUUAAUCGCAUAUCGGAUCCUACGACUCGAUUUGGAUUUCUAUUGAGCACAUUAUCAAGUGGGCGCAUAAAGACCUUUGGUUUGGCCGUAACACUCGUAAGGCACGCAACCGCUAUCGCAAUACGAUAUACAGCAAUAUCAAGCAAAAAGCAAGCCCCCUUGCUCGAAAAUCCAGCGCAUCAAGUUCGAUUAAUUCCCUGUUUAGCCAUUGCAUACAUGGGGCAUAUUAUCCACAAUGAAUUGGAAACGAUACAAAAGCGUCUGUUGAGAUCGGAUCAAACAUCAGUACAAUUAGGAACAGAACUUCACGCCGUCACAUCCGCUGCCAAACCUGUAUACACGUCGCUCGUCAGGGAUUGUAUACGUAAAUGCUUGGAGGUUUCUGCUGAUAAUGCAUAUCUGACAGUUUCCGGUUUGGAAGACAUCCUACUGACAUCCGAUCCCAGUUACACUUACGAAGGUGACAAUAACGUACUAAUCCAGCAGACGACGAAAUGGCUGUUGAAGUUAUGGCCCGCUGCAGUGCAAGGGAAGACGAUUCAGUUUGCACUGCAAUCCGCUAAUUUUUUAUCAAAUGCUGAUCAAAUCUUGAAACAAAAGUUUGCAAUCAACUGCCUCGUGAAUUUUAUCGACAUUCAAAAUAUUAUAGAGUAUUACAGGUGGCUAACUUGUUAUCUUUUAAAGCUGACUUACGACAGGCAGGAAUCGUUACGGGAGCAAGAAACCAGUAUCUUUGUUGUCAACAGCAGUAGCCAAGUGUACUUCUCCAAAUCAUUAGCAACGGUCUACUUUUUGCAUUAUGUCCUACAAACUGCCAACGAAGUUAUUUCAGCUGUAACCGAUUAUGCUUCGAAGGAAGUGUUACUGAAAUUGUUAUCCUUGUUCGGAGUUUGGAAUCUACAGAAAUACGCUCAAUAUUUUUACCAAGGCAACUACACCAGUGGCCCUAACUUUGCACACUAUCUCGAGGAUGGCAUCUUAACACUCUGCAGAAGCCUAACGGACGAUGCUAUCUCGCUAAUCGACGCUAUUCUACCUGAUGACAUCCUGUUAAAUUCGGUCCUGGGACAUUCUGACGGUAAGGCCCAUGAGCGAUUGGAAUCUGUAUUAUCUCAGACCUACGGAGCGUACGCGAAAUUUCCGUGGAAAGAAGACAUACGUGAAUCGGCAAAAUGUGUUUCAAAGCUUUAAAUGGCGUAUUUAGAAUCAUUUUGAGAUGUAUCCCUAAAUGCGAAUGUUGGCAACUAAUCACCAGGAAUCAUGGGAUUCUUGAUCCUGCUUUUAAAGAAUACAUAAUAACUACUUUUGAAAGA